AUGAUUAAUAUUCAUAUGUUUCCAUUAGUAGCUCUACUUUUAAUAUUCAACGGGAGUAAAAUUUUAGCUCAGGGAAUGCCACCUCCGGACGUUUCUGAUGAAUUUCAGAAAAUUGGUGAUUCUGAUCCUAAAGCCGACUUAGUUUCCGAAAAUGAUGUUGAUGGUCUUCUGAAAUACGCUGGAGUUUUCGGAGGAAAUGAAAAUGACUAUCCUCAAGUUAUAGCCCCAUAUGAUUCGUCUUUACAAGCCCACAUCAGGGUCAAACGUUUUAGAGAAUAA